AUGUCUGGGGUGCGUGUGCAACGCCUUAUGCGACUUAUUGACGAGUCGCGCCCGUUCCAGCAGGGAUCGGAUGGGCAUGCAGCCAUACGAAAGCUAGAAAUGGCAUAUCAUGAAAUAUGCUUACUGGCAGAAACAUCGCUUAUGGAGCUCAACGCCGGGAAAACUAGCAGGGAAAAAUGUUGCCCAGUGCAGAGCCUCAUUCGUGUAUUGCUUUUGCACUGCCACCAGCUGUUCGAUCAAGUCGGAAUUCGGUCCCCACGGACAGAGGCAUAUGGGCUCCUUCUCCGGGCUUACUUGCAGACGAAACAAGCGCAGCGUGCAGCUGCUAAAGGGGUAAUGGCUGUAGAUCAACACGUAGAGGCGCUUAGUUUUGUCGAAAAGGCACUUGCGAUUGCGGAUGAAGUGACGCAUUUCUACUGUUGUCGAAGUGCGAUUGCAGACCUCAAGAAGCGCGUGUCCCAUCAAAACCUUCAGGAAGAGCUGUCAAAAGUCCCCAGGCUAUGGCUGCGCCAGCAGAUGGAGGCCAAGGCCAUCGAAGAUGCUAUGCAACUCUGUGUUGAGGCCAAGGCCACCCACGGGCACUCACCGCAGUGGGAUAAGCACCACUACAUUUUGCAGCGCAAGCUAGCCAUGAUUCGUGGUGGGCUGGGAGGAAGGCAGGAUGCGAGUGGACCAAUCCCAACAAAAGCGGAAUUCCCACACUGGGCAAGCACGGUGGAAACGGCAAUCUCAGCAGGCCGACUUGCUGUGAAAACAGCGCAGGCAGCUGGGUCAGUUGGAUCGCAAAGGGAGAAUGCAGCAGGUCUUAAGGGAGAGUCCAUGUGUAAUGAACUGUUAAAAGCAUGGUCAAUUUUGGAUCCGCAACUGCCACAAGUUGUUCGGAACGCGUUUAUCACCAGGGGAACGCUGGAAGAGGUUGACGAUCACAUCUGCAGUUUGCAAAAAUCCGUCGAGCCUGCUCGAACAGUUGGGGAAAACGAGCACUUCGCAGGUUACUUAGUAGUAAAGGCAGCCCUGGCACAAAGAUUUUUCCCCUUGGCUAGAGUUAUGACGAAAGCUUUGGAGAGGUGGCAAGCUGGAACUACGAGCGCGGCUGUGCUACAACGGAUGUUAGAGAUAGAGACGGAGUUACGUCUGCGCGAAUUUCUUUGUGAACUCCGCCAGCAGGAAGGUACAAGCUUUUCUGCUCCCUCUGGUUUUUCUCUGCUCUCUUCCUCGGCUCGCGAGCCAUGUCCAAUACGCGAUCUCCGAGUGCAGGCGGUCCGUCGCCUGGACGAAUGCCUGACUGCUAUGGCUCAUUUUAAAAACCCAGUAUUGGCAACUAGUUGUGUUGUGGAGAGUGAACCAAGCCGGCUGGCGGAUUUGCGGCCGCUGAGUUUAUCCCUAGAACAAAUGGCCCAUGAAGUCAGUCAACUAACUCUGCCAGUGGAAAAUUCCAGCCCCGUGGAGCAGAUCCAGAACAUUGCGUUGCGUGGAAGGCACGAGCACAAUAUUGCCAAGAUAAUUGGUAGCGCCGAAGACCUUCGCAGAAGAGCGUUCCAGAUGUUGGCCGACGAAGAGAGCAAAAUUUGCAGCCGUCAGCUUCGAGCAGAGCCACAAGGCACAAGCAAGCGAGCGGCUGGUUCACAACAACAAAGUAGGGCUUCUCUAUAUCGGAAACCAAUGCUUUCCUUGAGGGGAGAGAGCACGAUUAAAAAGAUAAUAGCAUCGUACGGGCAUUUAGUAAGCCGUGCGCGAGUACUGGGGGAUGAUCGAGCCACAGCGAGGGCUGCAACUGCGAUUCUUUCCAUGAUCCACGGGACUGAGAAGUGUUUAGAUCCAGCAGCAUUCAAUAACGAGGUGUACGACACGACGCCGCCAGUUGAUUUACGCGUACGGCUGAGGCCGCCGUUUGAAAUUGAGGUGGCCGUGCACGUCAUUGAGGCUGCUUACGCACUGGCGCUAUGUUGCAGCAAGUUGAAGACGCCGGGCACUCCGGGGAAUGCAGAAGUGAUUACCGUGGGGCCCGCCUUUGAAGACAGUGAUCUUCAAGAAGAGCAGCCCUUGCUUUCAAAGGGAAGCGGUAGUGGUUCAACUAUGAAGUCCGGCGAUAGUGCGCUAGCAGAGGAGCAGCGAGCCCACAAUCUACUUUUGUUUGGGGCAAGGCUCAGGGACGGAAGUAUGUGGGCAAUACGCCACCUACUGCAAGCCUGCGAAUACGGGAAGGAAGCUAAUUGCGUGCCGCUCCUUCUUUUUGCUGCAAGGGCACUGUGGAACGCUGCUGCGCCAGUAAUUGGCGAUGAGAAUAAUGGGGACCAGGCUUAUUUGGCUGUAAAGACCGCUCUAUACACGAUCCCCACCAGCUGCCGCCCUGCUGCGACAACUCUGAUAACUCGCAUGUGCAUGGGACUCCUUUGGUCCCUUCCUUACUGCAGGAAGUGGGAUGAACUCUUCCGCACCGCCGAAGCUGCAAUGCUUCUGGUGCCCAAAGUGCUGCACACUCCCCUGAUGAAGCUUCAGAUCCUCGCUCUGACGCGCACAGAAACGCCUAAUUUGUUCCCUACAGUAUGCAGCCUGGCCAGAAGCGAACCUUCGAGCGAGGCUGACUUGUUACAUUGUUUUGCUCGGCUUGCUCAAAAGACUCCUGGCCUUACAUCCGUGGUAAUGGAAGCUUACGAGGGGGCUUCCAGUUUAUUUGAGGUUGACAAGGACCCGCAUGGGAUUGUCGUUCACUUGGAAGUUGCAGAGUGGCUCCUUAGCACGCGACGCUCUUGGGCGAAGGCCAGUUCACAUAUUCGUGCUGCGUUGGAACUGCUUAAGAGAAUUGAAUGCCAACAAGAGGAUCGGCUACCAUGGGAGUGCUCAGGGGCAGAAAAUGGCGGUCAAACGGACUCAGCAACGUGCUCAACGAGCCUCAUGAGUCUUAAUGGCACUGUAAUCAGACUUGACCAUCUGCUUCUACUGCAAGCGCAAGCACUCAAGCUUUUCUAUUCUCCAGAUACAUCCGAGACUGCUGAUGCGAUGCGACAAAUUGUGACUCUGUCUUCUCAAAUGCUUGAGGCGCCGGCGCGAAGCGCCUCGGAAAAGACGAGAGAUCAAGAUAUAGCAGCUGGAGAGGGGCUAACUAAAAGUGUGGGGUCUUCUGGAGAACAAAAGGAGCGGGCGAAUCAGCAACUUGAUCCUUGGGCGUCAGCCAGUCUAUACGACCCGAUUCGUCUCGGGGAGUUUGGCUCGCGGGACAAUCGCUUAGGCGCUGCAGAUGGCACUUGCCUCAACAACUCGAAUGUGGGGAAAAGUGGGGAUAGAGGAGGCCUGGGUUCUCUUCUGACGUCUCGAAUGCACAGGAAUGCUGGGACGAUCCGGGAUAUCUUGCUUUGGUCCACAAGCCUCACUCUAGCAUUUCGGAUUUUAAACAAAACCGAGGCCCACUUAUUUGAGCUAGGAUUGGAAACUUGGGCCCUGCGGCUCACGCGUUUACGCGCAAAGAUUGCAGAGGCAUUCCUUUUGCUUUCAUUGCAGUCAAAUAGCUCUACCUCUACUGAUAAUGGAUUUGGGACAAUGCAUCCGGCAAUUUCGCUUCUCGAGGCAUCGUUCAACAUACAAGUCUUCCGGGGGGCCGUAGCGUGUCGGUUUUUAGACGAGGCGCAGAAACUACAACCUUUUUUCUCUCCGUCAGCGCUUCGCGCGUGGCUAGGGGCCCUUGGCCCGGCAACUGAAGCGGGUGAAGGCUUUUCAACAGCGAUGGGCCGACAAGCUUGUUGCUUCUCCGUUGUGACUCUUCACCCCUCACUCUACUUACCAAGCCCGCAGGUUUUGAAAGAUUGCAAUCCCAAUCUAUAUGCCCGACAGACAGCUAUGCUGGCGAUGUCUCGUUUUCGCCAAGGCGAUGUUGAUAGCUCGCUGCAGCUGCUCGACACAGUUACAAGCUUGCAAAACUUUCCCCAACUUGAGCUUCCAGUAGGCCUUGACGUUGCAGACUCUCUGUGGAAAAUACAUGCUGCCAAGGGAACUAUUUCAAAGGCCCUCCCUGUGAUGAAGCAGAUUGAAGCGACCCUGAGCGAGCUCGCCUCCGCCACAGCUACUGGCAUUAAUUUCGAGAAAGGCGCCACAAUCGUGUCCCGUGUUUCCUCUUCGCACUGGGGAUCCCAACAGACUGCUGCCUCUACUACGACUCGGAUCGAAAAAGGAGGCAAAGCAAGUUGCAGUUCAAAUCGGAUGCACCAAUCUCGAUAUGGCAGAGGAGCUGCCACUGCGGAGGUGCCUCAAUGGCCGUUAAGUCUCACAGUAUGGAAACACCGUCUUAAGGGAUUAGAGGCGGAUCAUUUCUUUUCAUUGCACUGCCUUGGUUGGACCGCAGAAGGAGGCAGUUUGCACAUUCAUUGGAAGCGGACAUUUCUUGAGGCUGUGAAUCUGCUGUCCAGUUUGCUCGACCGGACUGAAGGUCUCGGUGUCCCACUGAAACCUUUGAGAGUUUGUGCCUCCAGCUGUCUUCGUGGAGCUCGUUUCUUGAUGGCAGCGAUGCGGUUUCUUUGGGCAGACGAAAAGAACUUCUCCGCGUAUCACUGGGAAAGGCGUGAACGUCCACUUGCUGUCUCUCCUAAUCCUAGUGGUCCACCACUUGUGACCCCAGCUGACCUGCACGAAUGCUCUGAGGCGCUUCACCGAGUUCUCGCAGGACUUGAUCUGGAAGCAAGAGCCGUUCUGGACUUUGUUACUCACGGCAACAAAUACUACCUCACCCAUCAAUCUGCCUUAGCGUGGGCUGAUAUGAUUGCCCUCGCUAGCGCCCAGCUGCUUUGCUUUCGUCAUCAACUUCAGUUAGUGACGCUGGAAUUUUGGAGAGCGGACAUACACCAAGUUCUUGAGGGAUCUCAACGACUAUUUGUAGGGACUAGCGGGGUUGGUGCCUCCUCAGCAGCUUCCAACUUUAUCCACGCAAAAUCUUCUGCAGAUGAAAGGCGCCGUGCGCUGCAACAGUGGCUGUAUGAGAGCCAGUAUGAAGACGCAGUUUCGUCUUCCCAGAUGAAAUCUCAGCAGCAGUGGCUUGAGCGCGCCGUCCAGGAACUUGAAGCCAUGCGAACUGUUGGGCUCUGUCGUCGCCAAACUGACAAGAAAUACAACUGUAGCGAAAUCUGGGGCAAGUCCCUGCUGGAUGUUCUGUGGGCUUGCCAAUGUGCGAUGUUGAGGCAUCAGCAGUCUCUUCUACAAGCACGUCAAAGAAUAAUUGAACAGGGCAGAGAACUUCACGACCUGUGCCCCUGGAUACAGGAUGAGACAGAGCCGCAGGAGAACCGGGAGUUCUGGAUAGAAGAUAUCCGAAGCGCUGCGGACAAAACUCCUAAAGGACAGCAGAGGUCAUUGAAUUAUCUGGCUUCUGCCUGGGCAAGAGACCCUCGAGAGGGUCGCUGUGAUUGUAUUGCCUCGCCGGAGUUAGAGCAGACGUUCCUAUCUUGUAUUGUCAGCGGCCAUCUAACUGAGGCCACUUUCCUCGGUGAGGAGCUAAUAACCAACGUUUUCGGCAACGGAAAUUUAGAACAGCUGGAUCGCGGCUUCGCAACCAUUGUCACUUUGCAGGCAGCGCAAGUUGCUCAGGCUUCAAGGUUGCUGCAGCUGCAGUUUACGAGUCCGCAUAUGGCCGAAAGCGUUGCCACACAAGAGCUCCGGAUUUUGGAGGAAUCUUGGAGAGAAGCAGGCGCUGUUCCCCAAAUGCAAGUUAUCAGAAGGAUGCUCGAUUCUCGCGUCGGUUUCAUGCAAAUGGCAAACCUUUCCGAUUUGGCACCUUCGACUGUUCUAAAUUCCUGGUUACCGCGCAACAUUUGCGUAGCGUGCCUCCAUUGCGCAAAGGGUUUUGUCUUCUUUGCCGCGGCGUGCCCGGUGGCUCCGUCUGAUGGGUGUCCGGCUCCAUGGCGCUUCUUUUUGCAGCGACGUGCACUCCCAGAGUGCUUGCUGCUGAACACCGAUGAUGCUCCCGUUGUAAUCCAGGACCCAGUCGGCAACAAAGAUAUCCCUAAUACGUCGUCCGCAUCUUCGUUCACUUACCCUGAUCAGGUUUACGCUGUACUAGAGGACCUUUUUGAAGAACUUGCUGCACAGAUGCUGUAUUGGUCUUUGGCAGCAAUCCUCAACCAAGGGCAGUCAGCUACCCUCGGAGAGCCAAGGAGCCACCUGUUACUACUGCCUGACAUUAGGUUGUCGCACUUCCCUUUUGAGCGUUUGCCGACGCUGAACAGGCUCUUUGGCCACCGCAUAACGAGAGAUUUUAGCUUGCACAUGUUCGCCCGCCGGAUGCAACAUCAUGAAGCUGUCCCUGCUGCUUCGCAGCCAAGAAAGACUGUAGCCGAAAUGCAUACCGGAUUCGCUCGGGAGUCACUGCUGUUGUUGCCAGAGUCUACAACGUAUCCGAACCUCCAAAAUGUGGCAGACAAUGAACACGAGCCUGGAGCAGAAGAAGAUCAAUCCGAUAUGCCGUUCGCUGACGACGAGCCACGAACUGCUACAGAACUCGAAAGUCCUCACGCUUCCCUGUCUAAGACAGUUAUUUCACCUCUUCUUACACCGCCGAGCUAUUCCAGCAGUGAUUGGCGCCUUGCUGUCGUUGCCGAGCUAGGGGCAUCCAAGAGGUCUGCAUCGGCGGAUGCAAUUCCAGGGGUGCCACCGGCCACUAGCUUUGUUCCCGAGCUGCUCUGCUCCAAAUCGCCCCAGGUGGCCUGGAUUCCGUCGGUGGACCGAAUGGUCCGGAAUUGCGAAGACCUCAAUUAUGCGUUUGCUGGGAUGAAUUUGACACAUAUUUCCCUUCUUGGCCUCGUAUCAAUGAGGUGCGAACGGCCACAACCAGAAAAUGGCACAUGCGUAGGCCGCCGCUCAGACUAUACCCUUUACUGUCAAGAACAAAAAGUACUCGGACUUUCCAAGGGAACCGAAACUAUUCUCAUGCUCAGUGUCAGAGUUGCGCAAGUGCGUUUGCGCUUUUGCACUUCGUUAGGAGUAGGGACGAUUGCUGCUGUAGACGAAAUUCUGACGGAUCAACAGAAGGUGGACCUAACAAAGAGAUUUUUAACGGAGGUGGCAGGUGCUCAGACACAAAUUUGUUCUGCGUUGGAGUCGCUCUCCAGUUCGUCUGUGGAAGGGGGGCGAACGCGCUUCUCAACGAAACGGAAUCUACGACACAAAAUAGAACAAACGGCUCACGAGCGCUUCACCUCUUCUGAACUUCCCGAUAGCAAGUUCGGUGCCGAUGGCUCGAAAAAGGAGGCUGUGGCGAGAGGCAUGCGAAUCUACGGACUUCCGUGGAUCAGCCGUUUAGCAUCUCAAAAGAGCAUUUCAAAGGCGGAACUCCAAAAGGUUCCCGCCCAGCGGGGUCGUAAAUAG